AUGGCCGCGGGUAAGAAGGCGAAGUCCAAAGCCAAGGGCAAGGCCGCCAACAAGCAAGAGGUUAAGAAGGGCAAGACUCCAGAGAAUGCAGACCAAACAACCACCGAAACUCCUGCACCUGGCAGCCCUGAACUUCUGGCGCAGGACUCUGAGGGCAAAGACCAACCUUCUACUGACACACCUGUCGACGCGUCAACACCUCUGCCUGUAUCGGCCUACGAGGUCACUGACGACAACGCUGCACCCCAAGACAUCCCGGGUGCUGCCGAAAAUCAAGAAGCACCUGCAGCUGACAAGCCUGCAUCUCCACUGCCCGUGUCAGCCUAUGAGGUAUUCGACGACGACACUGCCCCUCAGGACAUUGCCAUCCCUGCUACAAAUCCAGCAUCGCCUGUGAUUGAGAAGCCUGCAUCCCCAUUGCCUGUGUCAGCCUAUGAGGUGUUUGACGACGAAACUACACCACAAGACGUCUCGGGCACUGCCGAGAAUCAAGAGUUACCAACCAUUGAAAAGCCUGCAUCACCGUUGCCUUUGACGACUGACGAGCCUCUUGACGCAACGGCACCCCAAGACAUUCCCGAACCUGUCGUGGAGCCAUCAUCGCCUGUGAUUGAGAAGCCGGCAUCGCCUGUACCCGAAUCAUCACACGAGACUUCCCAGGAGGAAGCCCAGCCUCAAACCCCACUAGACUCUACCACAGAGCCUCAACCACCCGUGACCGAGGAGACUACCGAGGAGAAAGCCACCAGUCCUGUCGACGAAGCUGUACCACUGGAAGAGCCAAGCCUCACUCAGCCUCCAGUCCAAGACACGGAGCCUAAAGAGCUGUUGGACGAAGCAAGCCUUACCACUCCUGCAGUUGAGGACAUUGAGCCCAAGGAGCCGUUGGACGAAGCAAGCCUUAACACUCCUGCAGUUGAGGACAUUGAGCCCAAGGAGCCGUUGGACGAAGCAAACCUCAACACUCCUGCAGUCGAGGACAUUGAGCCGAAAGAGUCUUUGGACGAAGCAAGUCUUGUUCAACCUCCAACCACCGACAGCAAGGCGCGGAUCAAGACAACCAGCCAGAACACUCUCAGGAUAGGAAUCUGGCACCAUCAGCCCCCUGCAGACCCAUUUUCUCCUGUGGCUGCCAGCGUGCCAUUGCCAUCUCCUUCGCUGACUGAGUCACGUUACAUGACCAGCCCAUCUCAAGAUAAUCAGCUAUAUAACCCUGAGCAAUCUGCUUAUUCCCCUUACGCCUCGCCCAUUCCAUACCCUGCACCACUGCCUUACGGCUCACCAAAUCCAUACGCGUCACCAGUACCGUACGCUGCCUCAGCAUACGGCUCACCAAACCCCUACUCCGUGCCGCUUCCAGAGUCACCCGUUCCAUACUCAUCUGGUUCACCCUACGCUGGUUCGCCAGUUCCUUACACGUCACCGAUUCCUUACAACCCAGCGGCAGCUUACGCCGGAUCACCUGUUCCUUACAGUCUUCCCGGACCCUACAACUCGGCUCCACCGUACGCUGGAUCUCCGGUUCCAUACACGCUACCGGCACCCUACGCUGGUUCACCUUACGCUUCACCAGCACCUUACGCAUCACCGAUACCUUACACUGCCUCACCUGUACCCAAGGUUAGCAGCCCACUUGCGCGGUCUCAUUAUCCCCAGAUGUCCCCCACAAUGUCUCCCACUGCAACACCUCCACCACACAUCCCAUCAAUGGCCCAGAUGGCUCCUCCGCCACCUCCUUCCACUGCACCAAGCGUUCCAACUGCAGUCAACUCGCCAGUGAUGAGCUCUGCCGGAGCCAUUCCGCCUUACGGAUCAUACUCUCCUCGCUAUUCUCCAGAGGCGCAUCAAAUGCACCGGAGCUACAGCAUCCCCGACCCAGCAUAUGCCGCAUCCUACCAAGCACUCCAGAACUUGUCCAUGGGUGGUCCGAUUCCCGAGAACGGACUUGUCUCACCUCCUGAUGCCGACGCUGAGCACAUUGAGCUUCUUCACCGAAUUCAAUCUGCCAUCCCAGACAUCAAUCGUCUGCUUCAUGGCUUCCGUAACACCCACAGCAAGCUCUCAAACCGCGAGGCUGAGAUGAAGCAGAUCGGAAACCAACAUGAACAAGCCUUGAUGCACAAGGAGUUCUACAUCGAAGCUCUUCAAGCCCAAAUGAAGAAGACGGCGAGUGAGAGUGCAGCAGAUGCUGCGCAAUUGAAGAACACCGUCAAUGAGCUUCGUCUUGAACUCGGUAACCUGCAAGAGAAGCAGAAAGAUCUUGAAGAUGGCAUAGCUGUCCACCAGAAAUCUAACGAAGAACUUACCCAAAGCAAGGCCGAGCUCGAGGGCCAAAUUAACGAAUUGAACGACAGCAUCAAGGCCGCCCAAGAAGCCCACGAGAAAGAACUCGAGACUCACAAGGAAGAGCAGGAGAAGGCUCUUGGUGUGCAGAAGCAAGAGCUUACCGAACUCUUCGAAGAGAUCAAGAACGAGGACGAGAAGGCAGCCACCGAGGCCCUGCAAGCUCGCGAGAAAGAGCUCCUUGAUGAACAUGAAGCCAACAAAGGUGAAUGGGAGAAGGAGAAGUCAGAGAUGCAGACAUCAUUCGAAGCCCAACGCGCCGAGUUGGAGACCGCUAAAGCAGAGCUUGCCUCAAAGAUCACCGAGCUGGAAGCUGAGUUGGAAGCUAGACUUGCCGAACUCAACUCAGCCCGCGAGGAAUUGGCAACUAAGCUGGCCGAGCUGGAAACAGCACGCACCGAAUUGGAAGACGCCCACAAGAAACAUGGCGAGGAGUUUGAUCUUUCCAAGACAGGCCAUGCAAGCGAGCUAGAUGCGCUUCGACAGUCUCACGAUGACCAGAUUGCAGCAGCUGCCAAGGCCCUUGACGACAAGAUUGCGACUUUGGAAGCAACACUCAAUGAUAAACAGCAGCUUUGGACCACCGAACGUGGUGACCUAGAGAAGCAACUCUCAGAGAAAGACAGCGAGCUCUCCAGCGCCGAGCGAGAGAAGGAGAAACUGGAAGGAGAUGGAAUUGUCAAGGAGCAACACCUUCAGCGUGCCGUUGAGGGAAUGAAGUUGACCAUCGAAAACCUUGGAUCGGACUGUGACAGGUUGAGAAAGACACUCCUCAGCCUUGGCGAGGCCACCGACCUCCGAAACACCAAAGGCGACAAAUUCUUCAUGGACAGCUUCACAGAACUCUCGCGCUUGAUCUACGACCUAUCCAAAGAGCACUUCGGCUAUCUUCCCAUCGACCCUCCAAAGGAUAUUCUUUCCAAAAUCCCCUCUGAGCUUCCACCCUUCCUCGACAACACCCCGGCCUCUCGUGAGCUUCGCUCCGUCUAUAUCCAGCACGUUGUGUCAAAAACAAUCACCUACCGCGUCUUCCAGCCCUUCCUCUUCACCCUAGGCCGCCGCUACGACAAAGCAGACACUUUCUUCCAAAUGCUAUCCAUGGACAUCCGCAAGAAAUCCGUCCGCCGCGAGGCCUUCUGGAGACAACAGACUCUGAAGGCCGCAUACACAACUUCAGACGCCAAACAAUCCAUCAACGUGGCAGCCGCAGUCAUCGUUGACGAGAUCAUCGACCACAUCAAACACUUCGCCGACCCCAAGCACCUAGACCUUCUCCUAACAAGCGUACGCAAAAUCGUCAAGCUAGCCGCAGAGACAUGGCGACAUGCUCGAGUCGAGCGCGAACUUGUCUUGGCCACGUUCCCCGCCCCAGACGCAGACACCGUUGUCAACGAGGAGUGGACCGAGUAUGCCGCCAACAAGGACGCGAAGGUCGCAAAUGGUGAGCCCACUCGCCAUGUGGUCCUGCGUACUUUCCCGCGUAUCAUCCGCGAGGCUGCCCAUGAGGACUUUGCAACGGAAGAAGAGAGAGCGAACAAUUGCAUUUAUGCGCCGGGUAUUGUGCUGUACUCGGAUUCACCCGCCAUUAUGGGCAGAUUGCAGGAGGUUGCGAAGAAGUCGUCUGACGGCUUGGAUGGUCAGAAGUCCCCGACAAAGCUCUCCAAUAAGCCAAUUGAGAAGAUCGCGCCACUCAAGAUUUCAACACCUCGUGUCGUGACAGUUCGGUCGGCACCGACGAGUCCUGGACCCAAGGGUCCAUUCACGAAAGCAUGA